AUGGCGACAAUGCAUGCUGGCGUAAAGCGCUCAUUCCAAGAGAUGCAUGCCUUCGAUGCAGCUUCUCCAUCCAGACCUAACUCGAAGGAGCUUUUGCAGCAAGUCGCCAGGUCAAGGGAGCCAAGUGCCACCCCGACACCACCCAACGCCAUCGCAGUCAACGCCACCGGUCUCAACUCGCUGCCGAGAACGGCAUCCUUCAGAUCAGAUGCCUCUAUUCUGCUGAUCGGGGUGCGUGGUGUGGGUAAAAGCUCUCUUGGAUUUCUUGCAGCCUCAGCAUACACCAGACGCCUUGUCGAGUCAGAUAGGAUCUUCAGCGAAGUCACUGGCUCAAACAGACAAACCUUUCGCAAGUCGGAAGGAACCGCGGAGUAUCAUAGAAAGCAUUGCGAGGUCCUGAAGCAACUUCUGGCCACACACAGCAGACAGUGUGUGAUCGUGUGCAGCUUCGCCGAUUUGGAAAGUGACGGCGCCAGGCUGAUACAGGACUUUGCUCAGACACAUCCUGUCAUAUAUGUCACUCGGGAUGUUCCGGGUAUUCAGACAUAUAUUCGAGUGUGGUCAGACGAGAGGAUACAGGACCUGAUCAGAGCCAGCGAGCCACUACUCAGAGACUGCUCCAACUACGACUUCUUCAACGUCUCCGAAACUCUACACAACAGUUCGCCUCACGAUGGGCCCAGACUGCCGCACAGUAAAGGCACCAAUGGUCCGUUCCUUACUCUCAAAAGAGCCGAGCACGACUUUCUCAAGCUGCUACGAAACAUCAUCGGUGACCAUGACCGUGGAAGAUCUCACCAAUCAGCAUAUCCACUCUCACAAAUCAGUGUGGACAAGCUUGAGUUUACCUCUGCGGUCACGAUAUCCGCAGAGGACAUCGUGGCUCAGAGAUUGAAUCUUGACGAUGCGCAGAUUGGUGUCGAUGCAAUACAGCUCGAGAUCAGCUUGGUCCCAAAGCACAGCGAGUCAUGGAAGCUCGGGAAGCACAGCUGCUUCAAUCUGGUCAACGAGGCCUUCGCAAUGCUUCGUCGAUCCACAAUUCUGCCCAUCUUGAUCGAGGUCGCGGAUCGAACAACUUCGACGGCAAAGACGCAGGUCGCGAAAGCGGAGCUGUUGGAUUACUGCCUACGACUGGGCCCAGAGUAUUGCGCUGUCGAUCUGGCAAUCGACGACGGCCAGCUCAGCUACCUUGUGGCCAGCAGAGGGCGUACGAAACUCGUGGGCGAGUUCAUUGCCCCGAAGCGACUGACAGAUGGGUGGCGAAGUCAGGAGUGCCUAGACAUUUAUCAAAAAGCUCACCGACUGGGCUGCGAUCUUGUCAAAAUCACCAUGCCAGAUGGGACUCUUGCUGACAACUUCGCGAUCCAAGCCUUUCAGCAACGUGUUCAAUCCUUACAUAAUGGCGAAGGUCCACGAUUGAUUGCUUAUGGUACUGGCCGGCAAGGUCGCACAUCCAUGUGCUUCAACAACAUCCUCACGCCCGUCGCCCCGUAUGCCGUGACCGUGGAUAGCUCUGGCGCUGGCCUGAGACCCGGCGAUGGUUAUCCACUACUCACUGCCAAAGAACGGAACGCAGCUCUCUUCGCCAGCUUUGUGCACGAGCCCAUGCGUUUCUUUAUUUACGGCGCGAACGUGAGCUUCUCGCUUUCGCCCGCAAUGCAGAAUGCAGCGUAUGAGGCGUGCGGGAUGCCACAUUCUCUCAGGACUCACUCUGCGUCGAAUUUGGACGACUUCGCAGCUCUCGUCCGCGAAGUGGACUUUGGCGGCGCUGCAAUCGUACAGCCCUUCAAGACUAGGGCGAUCCCAAUGAUGGACAUGCUCAGCCCGCAAGCAAAAGCCAUUGGGGCACUGAACACCGUCAUACCACUGCGAGACGAUGCAGUCAUUCAAUCCACCGCUGGCGAGACUGGCAUAUUUCAAGGACGACUCCGGACAGGUCCAGUAAAGGCACUGUACGGCGACAACACAGACUGGAUCGGCAUCCGUGCUUGCAUAAGACGCGGACUGUCGCCGGCAAACACUGUUCGACCUCAAAGUACGGGACUUGUCUGCGGUGCUGGAGGCAUGGCUCGUGCGGCAAUAUAUGCCAUGAUCUCACUCGGCGUCCAGCACAUUUUCGUCUGCAAUCGCACCAAAGGUAACGCUGAAGAGCUGGCCGAACACUAUAGCCGUCUAAUCAGGUCGAAUGGCAUAGCCGAACUCAGUCCAGCGAGUGCUGCCCACACAUCCGUUACCGCGCUGGAAUCCUUCGCAAGCGAAUGGCCACAGGCAAUGCGGCAUCCAACCAUGAUCGUCAGCUGUAUUCCCACGCAGACCACUGACGGCAUCCCAACCAAUUUCACAUUACCGAAGGACUGGCUGAGCAGUCGAACAGGAGGGGUCGUGGUUGAGCUGGCGUAUAUGCCCAUCGUAACGCCACUAGUGCGGCAAGUGCAGAGUGAAGGCCGCAAGGGGUGGAUCCUCUUGGACGGCUUGGAUAUGCUGCCCGAACAGGCGUUUGCGCAGUUCGAGCUCUUUACUGGAAGAAGAGCGCCACGGACUCUUAUGAGGGAUGAGGUCUUUAGGCAUUACAGCGAGGAUGAGUAUCCGCCUCAUGGUGCUUUGAAUACGGACUCGCCGACACAUUCGUAG